UUUUUAAAAAGUCUGUGAAGAAAAUGGCGAACGACCAAAAUGCCCCCGCGCCCCCCCCUUUCUCUCCUUCCUUCCUUCCUUCUUUCCCACACCUCCCCACUCUCUCUCGCCAACCUUCUCUCUCCCGAUCUGCGCCGCCGCCGCAGCCGCCGCCAUCCCACCGCCGGACUCCGGCGAAGCAGGCCCCCCCCCGGAGCCACCCCACAGCGCAUUCCACCUCCCCUCCCCUCCUUCCUUCCCCGUCGCGCGCGCGCGCGAAGCUGGUCUCUAGGAGGGGGGCGACUUUAGCCUGCCUCUCCCCCCACACCCAAUCCUCGACUCGGAUCAAGCUGAAGUGUGCUAGAUGAUGAAGAGGAGGUGCCUCAAGCAGACCACGAUAUUGUAGCUUAUGGUUCCUUGAUGAGCAGUGAAAAUGCUGCUGGCUGUGGAAGGAGGGGGCUUUUUCUCGUCGUCGGCUUCAGGGUACAGCCAUGGCCUUGCCCUUCUGCUUCUUGGGAGGAAAGAUGAAGAGAAGCCUGUCAAGGUAUCCCCGUGGAAUCAGUACCGACUAGUCGACCGGGAAGCUGAGCAGGUGUAUCAUCUGGCUUCCAGGAAAGACCAAGCUCCUGGUAAAUGUGCCCCGUUUAUCUGCUUUGGCCGUGCAGCUGCUGGGCUUGAGGGGGCGUCUCCUCCAAAACUGAGUUCAGGCAAUACAUCAGGGAGUUCGUCAGAAGAGUCGUCUGCUUCAGCAAACGAAGGAACUAAUGGUUCGUUAACUGGAAAUGAGAAAAAAGGUUGCCUUAAGAGCAACUCAAGAAGGGAUUCCUUAGAGCACUGUAUAGUGGUAAGUGAAGGUGAAGAGCCACGAGAGUCACUGGAAGAGGUCCAAACCUUGAAAUCUGGCAUGGAACGAAGAAAAGUUCAAUGGACUGAUACGUGUGGAAAAGAGCUUUUUGAGAUAAGGGAAUUUGAAGCUAGUGAUGAAGGUUUGUCAGACGAUGAUACGGAAAAUGAGGGUUUCAGGAAAUGUGAGUGUGUGAUUCAGUAGGUUUAAUGCCUGUACAUUGCGGCAAUGGAAUCGAUGCUUCUCGUGUAGCUGAAGUUUUGCUGGCUAGAUAUGCUUGCGCUGGUGAUUUCUCAUCGAUCAGGGUAAGAUACCUGUGGAUUCAAGACAAGGAGUCAUGGUUGAUCUUAUGCCUUUUGCUGAAUUAUUUGCUGGUGACAUGGUGGUUGUGUUUAGCUAAUCUGCACACGUUAGGGUUACAGUUUUGAUUCCCCACUGUACCAUAUCAAGAUCUUAACUGCUCAAUUUCUUGUUUUCGCCUUUCUUUCCCUUCACUUUGGUGCUCUCAAGUUCCAAUGUACUAUUUCCGUACAAGUCUGUCCAGUUAGUGUUGUAAGGGAUGUUGGAUCUCUACUAUAUUGUUUUGCUUCUCUCACAUGUUAAUUGAUGGAUUUGUUGACAUUUUUUGUUCAA